ACGCCCGUCAAGAACCAGGGCCAGUGCGGCUCGUGCUGGGCUUUCAGCUCGGUGGGCGCGCUGGAGGGGCAGCUGAAGCGGAAGACGGGGAAGCUGCUGUCCCUCAGCCCCCAAAACCUGGUGGAUUGCGUGGCCCACCACGGAGGGCUGGGGGGGGGGUACCCCUACAUCGGCCAGGACGAGAGCUGCAUGUACAACCCCACCGGGAAGGCGGCCAAGUGCCUCCCCCAGGGCAACGAGAAGGCUUUGAAGAGAGCCGUGGCCAGGAUCGGGCCCGUCUCCGUGGGCAUCGACGCCAGCCUGCCCUCCUUCCAGUUCUACAGCCGGGGCGUGUACUACGACGAGAGCUGUAACGCCGAAAACAUCAACCACGCGGUGCUGGCGGUGGGCUACGGCGCGCAGAAGGGCACCAAGCACUGGAUCAUCAAGAACAGCUGGGGCGAGGAGUGGGGCAACAAGGGCUACGUCCUGCUGGCACGCAACAGGAACAACGCCUGCGGCGUCGCCAACCUCGCCAGCUUCCCCAAAAUGUGA